CAUUGUAAAUGACGUGAGGGUGUCCGGGCUUUGUUUGCUCAGGGUUUGAAGUCGUUCGAAGGAACCGAGAAAGAUCCGAAUGAUAACAAGGUACCAUGAGCUAGUACACAAUUUAAAUGGUGUUUACGGUCUACUCCCAGAAUGUUGAGUGAGGUUUCCAGGACAUAAAAGCAGGCUCAUACAACCAAUGCAUUUCUCCUUGCUCGUCGUCAUUGCUUCUCUGACAGCAUUUAUGUUUGUCAGUGCCACACCAGCUGUUUUGAGCAGGGAAUGUACUGCCAACGGGGGGGAUUGCAAAGAAGGCUCCCAGUGCUGCUCUGGAGUUUGCUAUAUUACUUCAGGGAUUGAUACUAUUGAUGAUAAUGGUAAUCGCGACUCACCCUUCGCGCUUUGUAAUAGCAAAUUCAGGAAGGCAACACCGAUGGGCUUUGCUUCGAUACGAGUUCGCUACCUUCAGAUUCCUAAGAGUUGCUACAUCGGAGUGAGUCAUGGUUCUGCCUUCGUAUUGGAGUUGUUGUUCAUGACUCGAUUCCUAGUGACUUGUUGGGUUGAUCAUUAUGAUCGCUGUUGAGCCAAUUUCACUGCGGCUUGAGCGAUAGGAAGCCUUGAAUAGAAGAAGAUCUGAUACGCGUAAUAUGAUAUUGACUCGAAAACGC